ACCAAAUUAUAACUCAUCAUCAUUCAUCGCUACUCUUUCUUCUUAUCCUCUGUUCCUAUUCCUUCUGCUUCAUUCCCGUCGUCGAUUCUGGCACUCAGCCGGCGUAUCCGUCCGUCAAAUGCCGACGGCAUGGAUCAGGUCCCUGCACUGCAAGACUAACACCGUCGACGACGUUCUCUACCCUUCGCGCUCCUCCUAUUCCGACAAGAAGUCGCUGCUCUCCUCUGUCUCAUGCGUCAGCUCCUCUCACGCUGUCCACGACGCCUACACUCCCAAGAAGCCGAAACCCAAGCCCAAGCCCAGCCCGGCACAGCCUCUCCCCUCGACGGCUCCGGCAAUCCUGCUCCCCGCCCGCUUCCCUUCCCUCUCGGAGCUCCCCCCGGGCCACUCCUCCCGUCGGGUGGUCGAGAUCAUCUUCACCUCCAGCUGGUCCCCCGACGCGGCGUUCCCCGGCGAGAUCGAGAUGCUGUUCCGCGUCCGCAACCCGGCCCGCACCGUCGCCCGCUUCGAGGAGCACCGCGCCGCCGUGCGCGCCCGCUCCGGCCCCGGAGACUCGCGCUGCGCGGCCGACGGGAACGAGAUGAUGCGCUUCCGCUGCGGCGCGGUCGUCGGCGACGCCGCCGGCGUCGCGUGGCCUGCAGAGCGUGUGCGCACCUUCUCCGGGAGCGGCGGCGCGCAUGCGAGCGGCGGCGGCGGCGGGGCCGGCCGGCGGCGCGCGAUGCUGGUCUGCCGGGUCAUCGUGGGCCGGGUCAGGAUCGAGUCGUCGUCGGACGCCGCCGACUCGGUGAGUCUGGGGAACGGCGAACUCGUCGUGUUCGACCCCCGCGCUGUGCUCCCCUGCUUCCUCAUCAUCUACAAGCUCUGAGCCUAAAUCCAAUCAUUGCUUAAUGUCCUCCCAUUUUUUCCCACACACAACAAUCCAUCUGAUCUCUUUGACUCAACCGCUGUAAAAAUUUUAACCUUGUUUUUUUCCCCCUUUUGUUGUUUAUAGCAUUCUUGAUUUCAGCAGUCUCGUGUUGCAAGAUGUUCGUGUCGUGUAGUUUCGAUUUUCGAUACAUAAUUUUCAUUUUUUUUUUUUGUUGA